GGUUUCGGUUCCCUUAUUAAAUACAGUCUAGUUAAUCUAGUUACAUAUGUUAUGAUUCUAAACUCCAAUUUCAUAAUUUAUCUUCUAGUCUAAAAUCAUCUUUAAAAAGCCAAAAGGGGUGGACUGGCUAUCUAGAUCUAGGCAGUCAUAUGCUUUGUGGGCUGGUGUGACCGUCAAAUGGGCCACUUUGAAUGAACCAAUACUAGCCACAUUUAUUUGUCAACACCCAUUUAACCAUUGUUUUGCAUCAUUUUUGAAGACUAGUCGCCAACAUGGCGGCCUCUGGAGUAAACUUGUGCCCUCGGAGAUAUUGUUAUUUCGGCAUCUUUGUGGUUUUAUUCGCUGUGAAUAUCAUCCAAGGAAGACCCCAGGACUCGAAGGAAGAGUCAUCAGAGUCCUCAGAGUGGCAGCACAACUGGAACCCAACAUCAGACAAAGACAAAUGGAGAGCAUUUGAGCCUACUCAUGAUGUCACAACAACCAGGUGGUGGGAACAAAAGCUUGAUGAUAACUUAUGGGAUCCACGGCCUCAACAGGAGUUCGACUCCCAGGAAGAAAAAGGUGAGAAAAUCUCAUUGAAGAUUCAGGUGACCUCUAAACCCAAUCAAGUAGACAAUAUUAAGUCAGAGGUUACAUCCAAGCCGUCUGAUAUAGUACCAGAAAAAUCUGAGGAUCUAGUAACUGAAAAGCAAGAUGGCACUGUCAGUAUUACAUCAAAACCAGAAACCCAGAAACAAGACAUGGCCACAUUUUCAACAGGUGCUCCUGUGCCUGUUACUGUCAAACCAACAGUGGUUAAAAGUGCUGCAGAGAUUGGUUACCCAGGAGGGUACUACAGAAAGGCCGAGCUUAACACAUUUGUGGAGCCUGACCUCGGCACGUACUACAGAGAAAGUGACUCCUACAACUCUAAACCUUGGGAUGCUACGUAUUCCUCAAGUUCUGACAGUGCCGAGUCAAAGGAGACAAAGAGCACAGAGCAAAAAGCAGACUCCUCAGAGCUAGAGAAAGAAGAUUCUGUCCAGAUAGAUGCAGAGGCUACUACAAAGCUUUCUCAGCCAAAUGUGAACAAAGUGACCACUCAACCUACCACUAAUGUUAACGAUUCAAAAACAAAUCUAGACUUGAAAACACAACAGGCUAGUAAAACCACUGCUAGUAGUAAAGCUGAUGUAUCUGUUAAACCAGUGGCUGAAGAGAGCAACUCAAUCUAUGGUAAGGGGGAAAGCAUUGGUGCCCCAGCCUUGGGCAGUGUAAGCAAGGCUACUGAAAAGGUAGCUGCCCCUCAGAAAAUGGAGGCCUCCGAGAAGGUGACUACAGCCAUAUCUACACAAAAACCAGAUGAGAAGUCGGUGAAGAACUCCCAGAAUGAUUUCGUUGACUGGGCUGACUGGGACAGCUCUCUGUUUGAUGGUUACCAAGACGAUGAAGAGGAUGAGGAAAUGUCCAAAGACGAAAAUGUAGCCAAUGAAAAUAAAUCUGAGAAGGUCAAGAAAAUGGUUAAAGCAAGUCUUGUGGAAGAGAAGAAAAUAUCAGCAGAUCCAGAAAUAUCUGAGAUGAAAACGAAGCCCCAGGAGGUUGCAAAUGAGGAAACCAAAAAAAUGUCAGCUGAAUCUAAUGAUGGGGGCAAGGACUUAGACGUAAAAAAUGUGCAGGACGUAGUUCCUGUUGUGAAAAAUACAGAGGGCAGAGUUGUCUCUGCUGUCAAAAGUGUGGAGGAAAAAGUAGUCCCAGAAAAGAAAAAUGAGAAAGACAAAACAGAUUCCGCAGUUGAGAAAGCUGAGGUCAAGGACAAACCUGAAGUUAAGGACAAAACUGAGUUGAAGGUCAUCCCAGAUGUCAAAAAUGUUGAGAUUACAAAAGUACCAGCUGUAAAAAGCACAGCCUCAGAAGAAUCAGAGUUUGAUGAAACAGAUGAUUUCGAUGAGGAUGAUGUUGACGAUGAAUAUUAUGAUGACUGGGAAGAUGAGUGGGAUGAGGACAUCAAGCUUGAGGGCGAGGUCAAAGAUGCCACACCUGCGACAACAACAACAACGACCUCCAAACCCAUCAAAGCCAUGAAAGAGAAGAAGUCAAGGAAGGGAAAGUCUGAGCAGAAGAACAAACAGGUGAUCAACUUAGACACUGCGGCUCAACAAGCUAGCAAACUUGUGACCAAAGUGGACCAAUCCCAUUACAGUAAAGGUGUGAUUUAUGACGCAAACUUUCCUAAUCAUAAGUCCUCUGUGAAAAAGGAUUUGAGCAACCCUUCGGAUGCCAACACUGAAUCCAUCAAGAACUUGGCUUUAACUCAGCCCACUGAUAAAAUUAUGCAAGAUCCACCCAACAACAGUCUCAAUAUCCCGACAGAGAAGAAAGAUUCUGUCAAGCUAGGGAGCAGCAAGAAAGUCGCUGAAAGCAAGGCCGCAGUCCCAGAAGAUCGAAGAAAAGAGGAGGAGGAUUCAAGUGAAGAAAGCUAUGAGAAAGAGCUUAAAAAGAACACCGUCAUUUCAAAUGUUGAAACUACUAAACAUGCUGAUGACAAAGUAGGUAGCAACAGUGUCAUGGCAGACAGUGUGGAGCUGAACCUCUCGAAAGAGUCGAAGGACAAAGUGAUAAAGAAAGAGCCUUCACCCAUGAACAAGCUCACUGUGGACUCUGUUGCUGCUGACACAAUAGUACUUAAGAAAGAGCCAAGUGUCACAUUCUUUCACCCCAGUCAGAUGAACACAGAGUCUGAUGCUUCCACCAGCCCUAAUCCGCCACCCCCGGGGUUAGCCACAGAUAAGGGGUCACUCUCCGGAAGCAGUGCCAAUACAACUCCAGGGCCAAAGGGUCAGCAGCAGAAAUCAACUGAUAGCACAGAUGAUUACAUCAUAUCUUACCCAAUAGAGUUCUGCCAGGUGGACUAUGAGUGCCGUGCUGGACGUAUGUGUGUCAAGGGUGUGUGCAAGUGUGUCCCAUCCUCUGUGUGUGCUGGCCACCACAAACCCAUUUGCGGCUCUGAUGGUGUGCGCUACUCAUCUCAUUGUGAGAUGCACAGGACAGCAUGCGUGAACAGGGUUCAUAUCAGGCAGGAUCGUAAAGGCAAUUGCUUUCAGAAGGAGCUGAAAAGCAAGAUAGCUAACAAAGAAAAAAGCUGGAUCCUGGAGCAGAAGUCCACACAAUCUGUUCACAUUCCAUCACAAGAAAUCUACAAUUUCCCCGAGGACAUUAAGAAAGGCUCUGAGACAUCAGAUAUCAAGAAAGCUAUUCCAACAGAAGGGGGAGACAAGCAGCUGAAAAAGGCCCCACCAGCCCCCAUCAAGAAAGAUUGCUCCUGGGAAGAAAUGGCUCAAUUCAAAGAGGCAUUACUCAUGUACUACUGCCAGAAGUUUGUGGAACCCAACUGUAAAGUAGAGGUCAAGACAGAUCGAGCCUAUCUGUCCAUGCUCAUGUUCAGCUACUAUGACCAGAACUUCGACUACUUCCUCACAGCCAAUGAGCUGGAUGACAAGGAAAGGGCAGAGCACUUUGACAAGAAUAUCAUUGUCAACUGCCAUCUGCAUGACUUUGUCAAAUAUGCAGACACUGCUGAUCCUAAUGGGAAGCUUACAGUGUCAGAGUUCACACAGGCUUUUGAAAUCUCUGCUCCAAAAGCAACGUCCCACGCCAAGGUAGAAGUCAUUUCUACUUUAGCUUCUGCAGGGAAUGGGUUAGAAUUAAAAUGUGGCGUAGAGGGAGCUACUAAUGUCGUCUGGAAACGAUUUGGCACUCAGCUAGUUGAUGACAAACACAGUCACCAGUUGAUGGUAUUUGAUGAUGGCGCUCUGUUCUUUAGUAAAGUUGGCCUCCAUCAUGUUGGCAAUUACACCUGUAUGGAUGCCGAGGAGGAAACCAACAUGCAAGUUCACCGGCUCCAGGUUCAAACUCUCCCUGUACUGACUGUGGAUCCAGUCACUCAGAUUCAUAUGACUGGUUCUGACAUUGAGUUGAGGUGUCAUACAGAAGGUGUUCCCAAGCCCAUCAUCACCUGGAAGCAAGGAGGAGAUGUAGUGAAUAGCUCCAGCCAUGUGACUCAUUACUUCGGAGGUGGCCAUAUUGUCAUCCACAACGCUCAGGUAGAAGCAGACUCUGGCUCCUUUACUUGCAGUGCUCACAACCAGGCAGGGACGACAGAAAAGACAGUCUCUGUCUCAGUGGUACCACCUACCAAUCCAGCAUACAAGAGUAGCAUGAAGGAGACUGGGACUUUCAUGGUGUUUAAUGACAAAGGUAUACAGUCCUAUGACCCACUUCAUUGUCUUCUGAAGCACCAAAUCCGUGGGGAUUUUGGAAAUUUCAAGUUCAUCCCAGAUGCUCUGGAUGGCCCUCUGACUUUGUGCCGCAGUGGCCAGGACUGUGAGUGGGGCAGCGCUGUGAUGGUUGGAUCCAGUUACAUCUAUGCUAGCCAGCCUGACCAGAACAGGGUUGUCAUAGUUGAGACUGGAACUUCUUGGAGCCCUGUACAGGUGAUUGACACGGACAAAAAGCCAAUGAAGAUGUGGUAUGUGAAACACUUGGACCAGGUGUGGGUGCUGUGUGCCAACCAGGAGGACUCCCAGGGAGGAAAGACCAUUGUGGUCAUCAGAGAUGCUUCACAGCACAUCCAACACCGGGCUGUACACACCAGGCCAGUGGGCAAUCACUUUGAUACUGUCCAGGAUGUGUUCAUCGCAAAACCUAACGACCUUGAGCAUGAGUUUGACUUUGGCUAUGUUACUCACCGUGACCAGAAUGGACUUUUCAAACUGAACCUUGAGGACAUGAGCUACACCAAAUCUAUUGACCUGUCCAACUAUGGCUGUGUUCCAACCUACCUCGACUUUGUUCCCAUUGGUGGACAUGUGUUGAUUCAGUGUGUAUCAUCGGUUGAUCAUCAUACUUUACAACUGACCAUGGACUAUUUAACCGACACAGUUAUCUCAACUGUCUCCCUGUCUGGACGACCCAUGACAUCACCCGACUCUAGACAUCUAGUCACAGUUGAUGACUCUACUGGUAAAGUUACAGUCUCCUCAGUCAGUGAUGAAGGAAUCAUGGAAACUACAUAUGAAGUAACAGUCAGUGCUAGAAUUAGUGAUGUCACAUUUGUACCUGCCAACUCUCAUCACGGCUAUGACCUUGUCUUGACAUCAGCUGAUGAUGAUGAUGUCAUUUUGAUGAACCUGGUAACAGGGAAAGUUGAAAAGAUAACAGGGACUCAAUUUACUGAUCCUUCUGCACUGAGACAUCCUUCCUCAGUCCAUCGCCUGAUUGUCCCCAGUGACACAAUGAACAACUAUCUGAUGACCCCAUCCAAAUCCACCCUGGCCAUACUGGACAUCAAGUUCAAAGUGGUGGAGUGCGAGUUCACCGAUACAGUGGGCAGCUCAGUGAUGCUGUAUACCCCCAGCUCAAAGACUAGCUAACUGCUUCAAGCCCGAGGCUCUAUGAACGCAAAACAAUCUUGUCCAAAAGAAAUAGGGUGCUUGUGAAGGGUGAUGGUUGCUUUAUGAUGCUAGCGUGGAUAAACCAGGUUGAAUGACUUUCUGUCCUUCUCAAGAUUUUUCAUCUCAAUCAGAGCAAGGGAAAAAAAUUGUAUACUACUUCUUAUGUUUUCUUUUUCCAUAUCUUUGAAGUAUUUAAAUAUGCAAAAAAUUUGGUGCGUCACAUCUAUUUAAACAAUUUGUUUCCCAAAUAGAGAAACAUAGAUUUUUUUUUUUUGCAAAAGAAUAAAAUUUUAAAGCUUUGAAAAAUUUUGCACAACAUUAGCAAAGCUGAGGCGAUGACAACUUCAACGUAAUAUUGAGUCAUUCCUUUCAUAAAUCAAUCGGCUGUGCUUACUCUUUAUAUCAUGAAUCAUUCCAACAUUUUUGUUUUCCGUUUGUUGCCACUCGAUUGUGAAUAUUUAUUUGCGAACCUGCAAAAAAACACCUUGGCAUGUUGCUAAAAGUCAACCUCAUACUAUGUAUAAAACUAAGUGACUCAACAAACACAAAAUUAACAUGGAGGAAAUCUCAAUUAGUGUAUUUGUACUUCAGUGUAAUAUGUUUAUGACUGUGUGCUAGUGGCUAUACAUUUUAUGCAUGCUAUGUAUGAUUUUAAAUGGGCUGGCAAAUCCUGUGCAUAUGUACUAAAAACAAUUGUUCCCAUACAUUUGCAGAUGAAAAAGAAUGACACCAGACAAUUGUUUUUGUCCUGUUUCUCUAUAUUCACAACUAUUGUUUGUUUUUUUAAUUCAAUGUUCUAUGUAGCUUGCUGUUAAAACACCAUCUGUUUCCACGGUUGUUUAUAUUGACAUCUUGUGACAUGAACAAAUCUUAAUGAUGUGCACGAGCAGCCUCAACUUCAUCUCAAAUGACAUGAGCUUGACAUUCAUCCUGUUUGUCUGGUUUUCCUUUUUGUGUGUUGUUUCCGCUUGCACAGCCAAAAAACAACAAAAACAUUUUUUUACUGUUAAAGUUUUUUUUUUUUAUAUUUUAUUAAUUUCCUGUAGGUGAUCUGUUGGUUGUACUUAUGGAAUGUGCCAGAAUUGUUGAAGUCUUCUGUUCUUUCUUGUAUAUAAGUCAAGUGAUUUUUGUUUACUUUUUGCAUCUAAAUAAUCUUAUAUCUUGCUUUGUAUAUUGUCUAGCAAAGUUAAGUUUGAAACUUGUUACCAAUUUUCAUGGAUGAAUUGAAAUAUUUAAUGACAAAAUAGACUAUAAACAACAGAACCUGCUUUAAAAGAAAUGACAGGAUUUUAUAUUUGUUUUCUCAAACCAAAUCAUGAGUCCAUCUUCUUUUUUUUUUUUAUUUUUAAGUUUCAACUCUGUUUGUUCCUAAAAAAAAAUUGUGCCUUUUUUAAAAAAAAACUUUAAAUAAAGAAAUUUUUCCAGCUCUUAAAAACGCAUUUAAAUAUUCAAGUAGAUAUGGGUUAUUUUUUUUGUUUUUUUUAAUGAUUGAAUACAAAUAAUCUUUGCUAGUUAGUUUCUUACAUUGGUCUUUCAGUUAAUGUUAUAAGAGUAGCCCCAAGGUUCUUUUAGACAUAGAAAACAAGUCAGCUUAUUGUUGAUCACAUGAUUUCGAACAUCUUCAGUUAGACACAAACUAAUCUAAAGGACACAGUCUAAUUGUAUGUUGUUCCUAAAGAUACAUAGAGAUGGCUGCUAUCGAGAAAGAAUCAUCUUUUUUUUUUUUUUUUGGUUGGCUUAUUGUGAAUAAAUCUAUUUAUUUGUUUAUGAUUUUGGUGAUCACACUAAUUGUGAUUGAUUGCUUUACCGAAGGGCUGUCAAAAGUUUUAAUUUAUGAAUAACUGUAAUCCAAGGGUUCUGUCAUCAAUUAAUUGGAUGUAUUUGUGUUUUCAUCAAGUUAUUUCACAUUACUCGCCUGCUUCUGUGCUAACAGUAGAUUGGUACAGGGCAUGGUUUAACACCAGACCUAUAUAACAAAUUUUUGCUACUUCCUAAUCUUUGUGCACUGUUGAACUUCCUAUUAUUUUUGCUUCAAGUAAGUUGUCUGCCGAAUCUUACCCUGUCAACUGUUGUAUGAUGAUCUGUUCUGCCGUUGCUUAGUUACACUCGUUUUUUUUUUUUUUUGUCUUUGUUUCUGAAGUUAAUUUCUCAAAAAAUAAAUAGCUGAAUUAUUUUUUGUGCUAACAUGUAUAUGUAAAUAUCAAGUUUGUUAAAGUAGCAGGCUUUAAAUAUACUCUGCUAAUAUCUCCCUUUUUUUUUGUUUCAGACUAACUAUCAAUUUUAGAUGAGUGUUCUAAUUAUAUUGAAGUCAACUUUUUUUGUUUCACAACACUCCGAGUUUCAUUUGUUCAGAACUUGAUGAUCUAGUCAUCAGAAUUCUGUUGUUUUUAUUUGUAUGUUUUAAAUAUGCAGAAUUGUAAUUGACGUUAGAAUUGGAAAAGCUUUAAAGGUUACACAUUUUUGUAUUUUAUUAGCUUUUGUGCCCAGAAACAUUAAAUUUCAGAAAUACUUUAGAAGUUUGUUUUUUUUUGCUGUAUCCUGAAGAAAUAUAUAGGUCUAUUAAUUCUGUAAUAAUUAGACUUACUUAUGUGUUUAGUUUACUAAUACCUUUAUAGAAACUAAAUGAAUCCUUAUUAGUUGUAAUUAUGGCUUUAAAAUUGAUGAUACACUUAGGCAGAUAUAGUCUCUAACAUGGUAUUAAACUUAGUGAUAUUUUGUAGAAAAACUAUUCCCGUAAUAUAUAUAUAUAUAUAUAUAUGGCAGAAUAUAAAGUUUUUAUGUAUUAACAAAACACAUAUAUUAGCAUCAGUGUAAACAUUCGGCUGAAAUUCACAGUAAUAUAUAAAGCUUAUCACAAUGUUUUGUUAAGAUAUUGACCCUUAUAUCUAACAAUAUUCCAUUUUAUCAUUUCACUGUAUUGAUCGUGACUUUGUUUAAGUCAAUAAUGUAAUGCUUGACUUUUUUUUUUCAUUGAAGAAAUAAAUACAUAAACCAGUUGAACUGAUAAUUUCAAAAAAAUAUAAAUAUUUGCUACAGAAACAAUUCUUAACACUUAGUCAACUCCUACAAUUUUGUAUCUAAAUUUUAAAGAUCUCUGUAUUCCAUGACAAUUAUUAUAUUACAAAAAUAAAGGUAUAUGCUUCUACCAGUACACCAAAUUUGGUACUCAAAAACUUGAUUUUGUUUGCUGUAUAACUAAAGUGAUUGCAGGUUGAGCCUAUUAUGGAAAGUGCAGCUAGCUGUCCAUUCAAGUUAAUGUGCAAAAGAUGUUAGGGUAUCAAGCCCACAAAGUAUACACAUGGCUAUGCAUAUCUGUAACUGGAAUGCAUACAGUCAAUAACCCAGAAACCGAUUUCCUAGUUUGUGAUAGUACUAGUACAACUUUCUAUGAAUAUUUUAAUGCCACUAAUGACCCAUUGUAUCACUUUGAUGUUAGUCUGAUUUUUAAACAAAAUACAAUUGUCUCUUAAUUUGUUUCCUUUUUUUUUCUGUGUGAAACAUUUUUGUUUUGUUUUCAUUGUAAGAUUUAUUAAAAUAAAUAUCUGUA